GAAGUUUGCCCCAGAGCGCAAGCCAGACCUCUUCAUCAACGUGGGCGACAACUUCUACUGGGGAGGUGUGAACACCUACUGCGGAACGCCGAUGCACAAGAUCGAUCCGGUCACGGCACACCAGUUCCGGGAAAUCUACGAGAAUGUCUACCAUGGACCUGGCGUUGAUGGCAAGCCAUGGCUCAGCGUGCUGGGCAACCACGACUACGGCGGUUUCCAGUUCAACAAAGCGUGGGAUCAGCAGAUCAGCUACACCUGGGCCAGCGACCGAUGGGUCAUGCCAGGCCAGUAUUUCAUGCAGCGUGUGGAGUACCCGGGCUUCUCCGUGGAGAUUUUCAUGCUCGACUCUAAUGCCAUGGACUCGCAUCCUAAGAGUGCAGAUCCCAAGCACAACAUCUGCGGUGCUGCGCACAAUCCGCCGGGGGCCACCUGCGCUGGCACAGGUGGGCCCAAGGACCUUGAUGCCUGCUUCAAGUUCAUGUGGGACACCUGGAGAAGUCAGCAGAAGUGGACAGAGAAGAAGCUCCAGGAGUCCACCGCAGACUGGCAGCUCGUUGCCACCCACUUCCAGUGCGGACAUCAGGCCCAGUGGUACAAGAAGCUGCACCAGAAGCUAGGACUCGACCUCCUGGUCACUGGCCACACGCACGUGCAGUCCAUCUUUCACAAGUGGCACGUCCUUGGUGGCCUGACCUGCUUCAUCACAGGAGGCGGCGGAGGCAUUACCUCGGAGAAUGCGCCGGACCAUAGCCACACCACAGCUUACGGUUUCUUCGACCUGGCUUUCACCAAGGACUCGCUACACCUCGAGUCCAUCAACUUCCUCGGAAACAAGGUGGGCUCAGCCACCGUGACGCCAGUUGGCCUGAACGCAGUGACAGAAUCUGAGUCUGAGUCUGAGUCUAAGUAG